CCCCUAUCCGGGUAGAACUGUGCACAUAUCCUGAUCAUCACACCACGUAGUAAGGGUGCCACGCUGCCGAUAGACUCACAACAUAACACAGUUAGGGCACCAGCUACUCACACAGUAUAGUUUUCGUCUGCCACACGACAACUAUGAUUGCGAUUGACCAAAACAGUUGCGAACGCUGCUUCUUGGACAAAGAUGGGAAAAUUCCAGCGGACAGUGGCCCCCAUGCUAUAGAUUGCUGGCUUCCGAGAGAUCCGUUCACAUGGAGCCCGUGGCACGUCAAGUGGUGGGUGUACGCCAUGUCCAGGGUGUACUCGCUGUCCGUGGUGCUGCCUAUGUUUGAGAUGAACGGGCGCGGCUUGUGUCUACUGUCCCUCCCCGGGUUCAUGUACAGGGAACAGACCGGCAAGGGCUAUCUACUCUACUACGACCUCAGGUAUCGUCUGUGGAAGAAGUUUCACAAGGAAGACGAGUGCUGAGUUUUCCUGAUAACCAAUCGACAAAAUUCAUCAUCAGAUACUACAUAGUAACAUCUAGCCACAUGACAGUUUUCCUAGUGGAAAUGGGAUCAUUUGAAGCAGAGCUAUCAUUACUUCUUGAGACUACACCAGAUGUGAAGUUGGUAAAUGUUUUCAUAGCAUGCCAUGUGAGAGACCAACAAUAACAUGACGUACAUUUACUCCACUUAGCGAUUCUUCCAGGAACUGCAUACUACAUGUCCAUAAGUCAAUUGCAAAUGUCAGUACAAGUAUUAAAGUGAGGUGUAAAUGUGCAAAACGAUUCAAUGCAAAUGCUGAUUAUCCUCCUAAGUGCAAUGAUGGAAAGCUGCUAAAAUUAAUAAUGCGAUCUCAAACUACAAACGAAAACCUCAGCGCAAAAAUUCAGUAACGUUACCGAGUAGGUUGAUUCUUGAGGAACAGAUUUAUUAUUUUCCCCUCAUAAUUUAUUGAGAGAAAUUAUAUAUGUGUUGGUGAAACGCUGCUAAUAAAGCCAUAACGU